AUGAAAUCUUCUACUGGUCAAAUAGAUGCAAAUCAAGAAAUAUUAGACCAUAGACAUGAAUUUAUUAGUGAGGAUGAUAACGAUGAAGAGCACAAUGAUACAUGUCAAAUGGAUAUUGAUCCACUUGAACGAGACGAAGAAUAUUUUUUGAAUCAAUACAAUAAACUUAAACUUGAAAAUCGUAUAUUAGAGAGGAAAUAUAACAAACUCGUUGUGGUUUAUCGACGAUUGAAGAAAAACAGUUUGUCUAUGCUUGGCGAUGAUGGGCGCAACUGGCUUAUUCAAAUUGGAAAACAACUUGCUCCGAAAUCAUCAGGCUUAAAUACUGAUAGCACUGCUGAGAAACUAGGCAUUAAAAAAUCAUCAUCAUUUACCUCAUGUAUUCGAAAUAGUCCUUCCAAUACUACUCGACAAAUCAUUAAAUUACUUUAUUCAUCAGUUGAACUUCGAAAAGAUCGUAGCAAGGAUGUAACUGUGGAAAAACGAAAAUUAAUCAGAGGUGAAAUUUCACGAAAAUAUUGA